UUGUUUUGAUAAUUUGUAAAAUCAAAAACCCUUUUAAUCCCGCGCCUUCUCCAUUUAGGGGUUUGUUUUCCGUCCACCGUCUUCACUUCUCUCCACGGCGGCGAGCAGCGACUGUAGCCUCACCUUCGGCACGAUGAUUUGUUCGAUCUCCGGCGAGGUACCGGACGAACCUGUUGUUUCUAAGUCGUCUGGAUUACUCUUCGACAAGCGUUUGAUUGAGAGACACAUAUUGGAUCAUGGAAAAUGCCCUGUUACUGGGAAUUCAUUAACUAUGGAUGACCUUAUUCCAAUAAAAACUGGAAAGAUAGUGAAGCCUAGACAAGUACAGGCUGCAAGUAUCCCUGGGAUGCUUGGAAUGUUCCAGAAUGAAUGGGAUGCUUUGGUGCUAUCUGCUUUUGCAUCCGAGCAACAACUACAUACAACAAGGCAGGAGCUUAGUCAUUGUUUAUACCAGCACGACUCAGCUUGCCGUGUAAUUGCAAGAUUAAAGAAAGAACUAGAUGAGGCCAGGACUAUGCUGGCACAUUUAGAGAGGCAAGCACCCAUGCCGGCAUCAAUGGUAAUGUCAGCAAAUGCGGCCGCUGCAAUCAAUGGGAAAAGAGCUGCUGAGGGUGAUGAGUUGGAUACAGAUGGUAAGAAAAUCCGCCCAGGAAUCUCAGCUGGUAUAAUUGCAGAGUUAACGGACUGCAAUGCUGCACUUUCACAGCAAAGGAAAAAGAGACAGAUUUCAUCCUCAUUGGCUCCCGUGGAUGCUGUUGAGAGGUAUACCCAGCUUAAUAGUUAUCCUCUUCACAAAACAAACAAAGCUGGCAUAUUAUCUAUUGAUGUCCAUCAAUCGAAGGGUAUUAUUGCUACUGGUGGAGUUGAUACAAAUGCAGUAGUCUUCAAUCAAACCUCAGGGGAGAUAUUAUCGACCCUUAGUGGUCAUUCAAAGAGGGUCACUAGUGUCAAAUUUGUUGCUGACGGUGAGUUGGUUGUUACCGGUUCUGCUGAUAAGACAGUUCGUGUGUGGCAAGGGUCUGAAGAUGGAAACUAUGAUUGUAGGCAUGUCUUAAAGGAUCAUACCGCUGAGGUACAAGCUGUGACUGUCCAUGCUACCAAUAGCUAUUUUGUUACAGCUUCUCUCGACAAUACAUGGUGCUUUUAUGAGCUAUCUUCUGGUCUAUGUCUUGCACAGGUUGCAGAUUUGUCUGCAUCUGAGGGAUAUACAUCUGCAGCUUUUCAUCCUGAUGGUCUCAUUCUUGGAACAGGCACGGCCGGGUCUCUUGUAAAAAUCUGGGAUGUAAAGAGUCAGGCAAAUGUUGCAAGAUUUGACGGGCAUGUUGGAGCCGUAACCGCAAUAUCUUUUUCAGAGAACGGCUACUUUUUAGCUACUGCUGCUCAAGAUGGUGUUAGAUUGUGGGAUCUUCGCAAGCUUAGAAAUUUCAGGAGCUUUACACCUUAUGAGAACACACCGACACAAUCCGUUGAAUUCGACCAUAGUGGAAGUUACCUUGCAUUAGGAGGCUCAGACAUAAGGGUUUAUCAAGUGGCAAAUGUGAAGUCUGAAUGGAACUGUAUCCAAACAUUCCCAGAUUUGUCAGGCACAGGUAAGAUAAACUCUGUAAAAUUUGGACCAGAUGCAAAAUACAUAGCGGUUGGGUCAAUGGACAGGAACCUUCGGCUGUUUGGGCUGCCUGAAGAAGCAACGGAGUCUUAGAAGGCUUCGGCUGAGUUGUUUUAUUUUUAGUUAAAUGUACGGCGCGAACCAGUGAGAGUUGUAACAGAAUUAGAGUAUGCGGGAUUUUGUUGAUGCACAGAUAGUUUAUUAUUUACAUACUUUUUGCACUAUUUAUAGCAUUUUUCUGUAACUUUGCAUCAUGUAUUCAUACAGAAAUCAGUUUCAUAAACCCAGAUGCAUUUUAUUAAGGU